ACACACUGGUAAUAACCUAUAACAAACCACAUUUUAUCUUCUCUCUCUACGUAAUACGACUGACGAUCCUUCGCCUGCUUCGAUCUACUCCAGCUGCCCCAUUGCUUCCACACGCUGCUAUUUAUGGUCGAGUCUCUGAAGACUGCUACCGGCCCGAGACCACCAUAGCCCAUUCUCUACACUUCACCGCACAAGUCAGCGAAGCCAGGUUGAGGAGCCAGUGGAUGCCAUGGGGCGCCCACCAGCUUACAUAUUCGUUGUAAGGCACGGAAAGCGUCUUGACGCCGCAGACAAGCAAUGGCACCUCUCCUCGCCCACGCCCUACGACCCACCCCUAACAUAUGGCGGUUGGAUACAAUCCAAGACCGUCGGCACGAGAAUCGCCUCUAUCCUGCACGAGAGGGAGGCUAGGGACGAGGCCGCCGCCCGCGCCGAUCCCAACUCGCCCCCUACGAGACACUCGAAGAAGCGUGGCUACAAGGUUGUCAUACACAGUUCUCCCUUCCUCCGCUGCGUCCAGACCUCCGUUGCUAUUGCUGCUGGUCUCGCUACAAAUCCCCCACCAUCUCCUCCGGGUGAGAGAUCACCAUCUCCCCGAGCCAUCCAGCCAUCCCCCUUAAACCCGUCGCCGUCGCGCUCGCAUCCAGUAAACCACACGCAUACGAAUGUACCCCAUAACUUGCCGGAAAGUUCUAUCGCGAAGUCGGUCCUGCGCCUCGAUCCGUUCCUCGGCGAAUGGCUAUCACCUGACUAUUUCGAACAUAUUACGCCACCUUCCAAGUCGAGUCUGAUGCUAGCUACCGCGAAAGCUGAACUCUUGCGUCGGGAGAAUUACCACGAUUACCCUCACUUCCAAGCUCGACAUCAUCACACUCCCGGCGCGUCGUCUCAAUUGUGGAGUGCGUCUCCUAACCGCGGCUGCCCUGUGGCUCAUUCCAGGUCCCCCGAAUCCGACGCCGCCUUCGGUCUUGAUAGCCUCUCCGCUCUUAAAGGCGGUUUACCAAGGCUCAGAAGCGAUUCGACCGGUCAUAUAGAUCACAGAGCAUUGCGCAGCGUGUCAUCCCCGGAUCCCACAUCGAUUCCGGGUUACGUUUCCCCGACUCCUUCGUAUGCGCUCUCCACCUCCGAGCCGAUACCGACUGGUUAUGUCGCGCAUGCUCGCGACGCAUGUGUAGACGUCGACUACCAGUGGGAUUCCAGCCGAGACAACCUCGGCUGGGGAGACGGCGGCGAAUUGCCCGAGGAAUGGGCAGCGAUGCACCAGAGGUUUAGGAAGGGCCUGAGAAGGUUAAUCGAAUGGUAUAGCACGACAGAGAACCCGGGGGAGAUGGUGACCAAAACAGUAUCGCGUCUACAGUCCGCCCAAACUACCCAACAGGAGAGCGAUCGUGGUUGUCUUCCUGCAGAGGAAGCUGACGUAGAAGAAGUUGUUAUUCUAGUCUCACAUGGUGCCGGUUGUAAUGCUCUCAUUGGUGCUAUCACACAGCAACCGGUCCUGAUCGAUGUCGGAAUGUCGUCUAUUACCAUGGCGCAACGAAAACCGGAAUUUGACUACGAGGUUAAUGUUAGGGUUACUGAGAAACCUGCCUCUUCUCUUGAAGAGGCCCUAUUGAGCGAGCGACCGAUGAUGUCGGAUAUGUUCGAAAUCGUAUUAUUCGCCAACACAGAUCAUCUACAUUCUGCAGUCACGCCACCAUCACUCGGCCCGCCCUCUUCUACUAGCCGCAACCCACGUAGCUGGCAGGCCAACGGAUUUGGUGCUGCUUUGAACGAGACCAAUCUCGGUUCGUCGCUAUACGGUAGCUCAUCCCCGGGCAGUCGAAGCAACUCUGUCAACGCGUCGCUCGGUAGCAUGCGAAGAGUUCCACAGGGACCUUCAUCGUCUGCCCUGCUAUCAUCGCCUAAUAUUAUGGGGUUUGGCGGCACGUCUCCUGACGGUGGCAUCGCCAAUUCAUCGCCUGCUCAAUCGAAUCAUUCUAGUUCCAGCGGCCUAUGGACGCCUAAGUAUGAGGAUAACAUACCUGAGAAGCAAGCGACUACGCUGCCAGCGCUAAAUAUAAAUCAAGAAAAGGAGUUGCGGAAGAAAGACGAUGGACAUUUGCCCAGAAUUUGGCAAAGCGAAACGAGGCCCGUCGAACCAGAACCGUCCACCCCAGCCAGGAAUAACAACACAGUAGAACCGCCGGUGCAGACUCCGCGCAGCGAAGAGCACGACCAAUUUGACGAGGAUGCCGCCCCCCGUCUCUGGGCUAGUAAGGGUACCGGAAGUCCCUGGGGUACGCCUCGGCCCCCGGGCGAAGCGGAGAGAUUACGAGACUUCAGCUCUACAAAACGACGAUGGACGGUAAACGAGCGAUGAAUGCCUCGUCUCACGACAUCAAUACCGACAGGCCUCAACUAAUC